GAAGAACAUUGAUAUCUCCAACAUCCUCAAUACCAUUUUCAAGAAUUUCAUAACAUGGAAGGGAAAGUUUUCACAGAAGAGCAGGAAGCAUUGGUGGCCAAGUCAUGGGGUGUGAUGAAGAAGAAUUCUGCUGAAUUGGGUCUUAAAUUCUUCCUAAAGAUAUUUGAAAUUGCACCAUCAGCGCAGAAGCUGUUCUCUUUCUUGAAGGACUCUGAUAUUCCUCUGGAGAAGAACCCAAAGCUCAAGCCCCAUGCUAUUUCUGUCUUUGUUAUGACCUGUGAGUCAGCCGUUCAACUCCGGAAAUCAGGCAAAGUCACAGUGAGAGAAUCAACCUUGAAAAGAUUAGGUGGAGUACACUUCAAAUCUGGAGUGGUCGAUGAACAUUAUGAGGUCACUAAGUUCGCAUUGUUGGAAACCAUAAAAGAAGCAGUGCCAGAAAUGUGGUCACCAGAGAUGAAGAACGCAUGGGGAGAAGCUUAUGAUCAGUUGGUUGCUGCUAUAAAAGCAGAAAUGAAGCCCUCCCCUUAAAUUAAACACUUCAUCAAUACAAUCCCAGCUCUUGCUUCAUUUGAAAUUUUACAACAGCGGCAUGUGCCUCUGUUAAUCUUGUUUCAUUGUUUGUUAUUUUCUUAACCUUUUCUUUUAAAUGAACUUUUGUGAGUAUGAUAUUUUAAAUAAGAUCCACUCGGUUGUAAGCUCAUAUUUAUAUCCCCUAUAAAAAAAUUAUUU